AUGCAAAAACGAAAUACUUCUGUGAACCAUGGAAAUGCAAAAAUGCAAAAAGAAUCACGAGUGGACUGCAGAAAUGCAAAAAAAAGGGGAAAGAGUAAAUCGUGGACUGCAGAAAUGCAAAAAAAAGGGAAAAGCGUAAAUCGUGGACUGCAGAAAUGCAAAAAAAAGGGGAAAGCUGCCAAAGCGAAAUCGGAUAUCACUCGGACAGUCGGUUGUCUCAUACGAAAUUUCGAAUUUAGCGAAAAGUGGCAAGCGCGCGAUAUUGGGAAAAUUCCUGCUUCGGCUGAAGUGUCACUUGUGAUUUUGAUAACAAUAAUGAGGCGAAGUGAUCCACUCGUCGAAUGCGGAACAAACGGUUUUAAUGUGAAACUUCCGAUGGAUGAAGCAUUCAGUGGGCACGUGUUUAUUAGGGGACAUUAUGGACAUUCCAACUGUCAUAAAGAUUAUCGUCUCAUGUCUGUUAUGGAACCAGCAAUGUAUGUUUCAUUCGAUUCAUGUGGAAUGCGAAGAAAACGCCAGGCAAAUCCACGUGGCUUAAGUGUGAGCUCGACAAUCGUAGUAGCAUUCCAUCCUAAAUUUAUUACUUUUAAUGACCGAGCUUAUCAGAUUGAAUGUUUCUAUUUGGAGGAAAAUCAUCUUGUUCAAUCAGAUGUUUUUGUCAGUCCUCUGGAAACUACACAGCUUGUAAUACAGCAAAAAAUGCCCAUCUGUAGAUACGUCGUACUUGAAGGUGGACCAAAAGGCAACUCAAUAAAAUCACUUAAUCUAGGAGAUAUUAUUUAUCAUAAAUGGUCAUGUGAGGUUGAUGAAAAAGCAGUUUAUUGCAUGCAUUUGCAUUCAUGCACAGCAGAUGAUGGCGAAGGUUUUAUUCAAGCCAUCGUGGAUGCUGAUGGGCAAAUUGAAUAUUCAAAUGAUUUGGCUGCAGGUGUAUUAAUGAAAGCAUUUAAAUUUGCCGACAAAGCAAGCGUCUCUUUUCAAUGUCAAGUUGGAUUGAGCCUCAAGGAAAAAUACCCAAAGAGUGUUUGUCCAAAGCCAAAUUGUAAAUCUCGAAUUCGCCGUUCAUAUGAUCAGCCAGAUUUUUAUAUUGACAUCGAUUCGAAUCGAUUAUCAGUAUCAGAAUUAAAUCUUCAGCCAAUAAAAAAAUGUAGUGAAUUAGAUCUCACUAAAUAA